UUUUUCUCAUAAACCCAAAACCCCAUUACCCUUUAAAACCUUUUCAAAUUCCCAAAACCCCAUUACCUUGUUUCUCUCUUACCUUCCCCACAAUCAAAAUUCAGCAUCUACACAAUCACAUUAGUUGUACCUCUAUUGCCAGUUACAGUGUAGGAGUUGAAUUGGUCUAAGUAUUCAAUUCUUCCCGGCAAAACUAUGGAAACUGGAAGAAACCCAGCUAGUGGUCCAAAAAAAUCGCCUUUCACGCCUAAGGCUAUCAUACAUCAGAGAUUUGCUGCUAAAGCUUGCUAUAAGGUCGAGGAAGUUCAAGAGGUUGUACAAAAUGGAUGUCCUGGUUUAGUGAUCCCUCAGAAAGGUCCUUGCCUCUAUCGCUGUACUCUCCAACUUCCAGAAUUCUCUGUAGUCUCUGAAGCCUUCAAAAGAAAGAAGGAUGCUGAGCAAUCUGCUGCUGAGAAGGCUAUACAAAAGUUAGGCAUCCAGCCUAAAGAAGAUAAUCUCAGUGUGGAGCAAGCGUGGGAUGAACUGGCUGGUCGACUAUCAUAUUUAUUUUCAAUUGAGUUCUUGCCUUCAAUUCAUCCGCUUAGCGGUCACUUCAGAGCAGCGUUGCAGAGAGGAGGUCACCUUAGUGGAUUUAUUCCUGUAGCAGCUAUUGCUGCGUUUGAUGCUAAGAUUAAUAGCUUAUGUAAAUAUAUAAAUCCUGAAGUGGAGUCGAAUCACUUUUUGGUGAUGUCACUUAUUAUUGAAGCUGCUAAGAGGUUAGCGAAUACGCUUGUGUUCUCUGAGGAGAAGCUUUCAUUGCAGAGGCUAAAUCCACACCCUCCUGAGAUUAUACAGUCUUUACUAAAGAAUGAAUCUAGUUUCCCAGAGAGCAUUUCAAUUGAAGCAGUACGUAUUCCAGCUUCUGCAGAGAAGAUUGUGGAACCUUCAAUACUUGAUGCCUCUUUUGGCAAUUAUUACCUGGAUGCCAUUGCAAAGGAGCUAGGGGUUAAAGAUGCUUCUAAGGUUCUGAUUUCUAGGCCUAUUGGCAAAGCUUCCUCAGAAACAAGGUUGUACUUCUGUGCUCCAGAAUCCAUAAAGAUUGGCCCAUCAUCAGAGUUACAUAUGAAACUAGCUAGUUCAUUUAGAGAAUUUAAUGCCAUUGCGACCUACCUAUCUGGUCAAGAAAUAUACGGUGAUGCAAUUUUGGCAUCUGUAGGAUACACCUGGAAGUCUACUGAUCUUUCUUACGAAGAUUUAUCCUUGCGUGGAUAUUACAGAAUACUUGCCAACAAGAUACCUAGCGGAAUUUACAAGUUGUCAAGAGAAGCAAUACUUGCCGCAGAGCUGCCCACAACAUUCACAACAAGGAGCAAUUGGAGGGGUUCUUUUCCCAGAGAUAUUCUCUGCACAUUUUGCCGCCAGCAUCGAUUAUCUGAACCUGUCUUUUCAAGCGAUUCCUUUGAACCUCUGCCAGAUUUAACUGGGCGUAAAAGAUUGAGGGAUACAGCAUCAAGUGGAGACGAAAUUAAUGAAGGUGGUCUUGCUGCUACUGCUACUGCUGCUGCACAAGGAGGAUGUACUCUAGUCUAUAGAUGUACAGUGAAGAUAUACUCCAAGUACCAGGAUUUGAUUCUGCUGUGUUCACCAAAGGAAUCUUAUAAGAAACAGAUUGAUGCAAUUCAUAAUGCUGCUUUAAAAGUUCUCUUAUGGUUGGAUAGAUUUCUUGAUAAAGUUGACAUGUCUGUGGAGGAGAUGACAUCAUCUGCCAAGGGACUUGAUGUUCUUAUUUAUCCUCAACAGUUUGUUAAGGAGUUCUCAUCAUGUCAAUUCUUGCCCAAAUAUCGGUGGAGCAGUGCAACACUAGCAGACAGCUCUCUGUGUUCUAGCUACUCUAAUGUACAGAAGAACACGCUUGAAGACGAAGUAGCAUCUGUUAGGAUAAGUGGUGAAUAUUCUGGAACGACUCCAUCUAAUGGUUCUUUGGUGUGUGUGACUUACAACAUAUAUUUAGUCACGGAAAGGGAAGGCAUUAAGGAACAGCUUGAAGGGUCUGAAGAGUUUGAGUUUGAGAUUGGCAGUGGAGCCACAUCACCUGUUCUUGAAGCAGUUGUAACACAGAUGUCCAUUGAUCAGUCUGCAUGUUUUACUAUGGUAUUGCCUUCCAAAGAGAUUGUUCUAGCAGUGGCUCGUGAUUCUACAACUGUCCUUUCAUUAUUGUCUUCAGGUACUUGUACAAUGAAAUGUGAAGUCACCUUGCUGCGGGUGACAGUACCCUUGGAGGAUAGAAUGGAACAGGCCUUAUUCUCUCCCCCAUUAUCAAAACAACGUGUUGAAUAUGCGUUGCAACACAUUAGAGAAUCUUGUGCUGCCUCUUUGGUUGAUUUUGGAUGUGGUUCUGGAAGUCUCCUUGAGUCUUUAUUAGCUUAUCAAACCUCUCUUGAGAAAAUAGUAGGUGUUGAUAUUUCACAGAAAGCUCUUGCUCGUGCUGCCAAGAUACUUCAUUCAAAACUCAAUGGAAAUAUAGGAGCUGAACAACCUACUAACAGAAUCAAGUCUGCAAUACUAUAUGAGGGUUCGAUUUUGACUUGUGAUUCUCGGUUAUGUGGGUAUGACAUUGCAACCUGCUUGGAGGUGAUUGAACACAUGGAGGAACAUGAAGCGUGCUUGUUUGGCGAUAUUGUGCUCAGGUCAUUUUGUCCACAGAUUCUUAUAGUCUCCACUCCCAAUUAUGAGUACAAUGUGAUUCUCCAGAAUUCUUCUCCUCAAUACCAGGAAGAGGAUCCAGAUGAGAAGAGCCAGCAGCAAUCUUGCAAAUUUCGCAAUCACGAUCACAAAUUUGAGUGGACUAGACAGCAAUUUUGCCAAUGGGCAUCUGAGCUAGCUUUAAGGCAUAAUUAUGAUGUUGAGUUCAGUGGAGUUGGCGGAGAGCCUAACAAAGAACCAGGAUUUGCCUCCCAAAUUGCUGUCUUUAGAAGAAAAGAUGGCAGUCCCGCGAAUGCAGACUUUGCUAAACACUUUGAUGUUAUUUGGGAAUGGAGUAGCAGCAGUAAUUCAAGAUCUUAACUGUAGAUGCUUUCUAACAAGCUCAUUUUUUGCUGCAUCUUAACUGUAGAUGCUCUCCAACAAACUCAUUUUUUGGUUAGUCAUGUUGAUUUCAGAAGUUAUAGAAGAUUUGCUCAUGAUUUCUUUUGCUUAUACUAAGUGCUGACUGUUCUAGAAAAUCAUACUUAGUAUGCCUUACCUAAA